AAAUAGGAUUGUGGGCAAUAGCAUGCUGCUUCCUUGAGUCCAUUGGUGGCAGGAAAGGGGGGCUGUGCCCUGCUCUGCAGAAGUGGCCAGUAGGAGCUAUGCGGGCCCGUGCCUUGGUCGCCUUGGAGAGGGGUGGCUAGCUGGCUGCGAGGAGACUGCAUGAAACAGCCUCCCUGGCUUUCAAGGUUUAAGUCCCAGCCAAGCUCCGGGAGCCACACGAUGGCUCUCUGGGAUGCAGAAGGGUGGCUGCUAGGCUGCUAAAGGGAGAGCCAGGAGGUUUGUCUGGAAGCACAGCAGGGACACUCCGCUGAGAGUGCUUCUUCCUGAGAGCUGUCCACUGUGGCCAGGGCCUCUUGUGGGUAGGGCAGAGUGAGAGGCUCAGUGGUGCUCUCACCUUAAACGAGAGAUGGGAGACUGCUGGGCCCUGUGGGCAUGUCAGCCGGAAGAAGCCUUCCUUGAGCAUUUCACUGGAGUUCAGUGUGUGGUUGGAACUCAGGAAUCUAGUCUUCAUAGCCUUUGCUGGCCUCUCUCCUGGGGGGGGGCACUACCCCAGCCCUGAUCCUGGCCUUCCCUGGGGACCAGCAGGCAAUGGGAGAAGCAUCCUUUUAGACAUACUGUUUGGGACGGCUUCGCCUCCUGGGACCCACUACACAGGAGAGGAAGUGACACCUCUCCCCACCUGGCUCACACCACACAGUCUUUUCUGUGGGCCAGACUUUUUAUCUGGGCUGCUGGGCAGGUGGGUGGAUGGUGUGGGAGACGAGUACUGCCCAAGCUUGCUUCUUGGUUUCCUCUAUGUCAUCUUGUAAGUGUUGGCUACAGCCUUGGCAACGGCUCCUUUCUGGGACCCUAACUUAGAGUUCCUCACUUUGACUUUGUUUUGUUUCGUUUUUUUUUCUUUCCCUGUCUACAGUCUAGACGGCCAUACUUGAUAUUCUCUCUGCUUACAGACCACUUGCUGUGACAAUAGAGACCCUUCUGGCUGACCACAAGUCUGCUUCCAAAACCAGAGGCUGUUAGCUCUGAGCCUGCCUCCCCUCCUCUGUUCCUGGUUGGAAUAUGGGCGAGAGGCCUGGAACCUAAAGCCUCAGGACGGACAGUCUGCUUGUGCCUUAGUUCAGAGUGACACUGGGCCCUGGUACCUAUAAAGUGGAAACAGGAAGGCUGAAUCUGUGACAUUGCUGGGACCACAGGGGAGUACACAGCACAGAUGCCAAGCCUGGCCCAGCCACAGCCUCAGAGGCUCCUGGGAAGUUUCCUCAUUGGUACUCUUAUCCUGUUUAUUUCCUCAUUAGUACCUCCAGGCCUCCACUUCCUCCCUAACCUGCUGGGGGACAGCUCCCUUUGCCAAUGUGCCUGGUAUUCAUUUUAGAGGCAACUUAGUUUAGACCACAGAAGUGGUGUUUUGGUUUGUUCCUGGCUGGGACACACACAUACAUACACACACACACACACACACACAUUCUCUCUCUCUCUCUCUCUCUCUCUCUCUCUCUCUCUCUCUCUCUCUCUCUCUCUCUCUCUCUCUUUCACACACACAUACACACACACACACACACACACACACACACACACACACACACACACACGGAGUCAGGGCUAUCUGGAGUUGUGUUUAGAAAACCCUGGGCUCCUGACCCUGCGACCUUUCUCUCAGCCCUCGCUGAAAGACCUCCUUAGAUUUCUCUGUUGAAACAACUAGGCCAUGCAGGCCAGGACCUGGUCAUUUUGGACAGGAAAGAAAACACCCUGUCCAAACAGAAGCAUCCUGAGCAGUGGCUGCAAGAGGCCUCUGUUGAGGAGCGCCCCUCCUAUCCUUGCUUACCCCCUCCCCCAGGACCUCCUGGGGUCUGUGUGUGUGGCUAGCCUUUAUCUCCGCUCAGCCUCUGGCGGAGGUGGUCCCUCAGCUCUGGAGAAGCAGGCACAGAUAACUCACUCCUGAACUAUCCUGGGCAGUCACAGGCCACCCGCAGAGUGCUGAAGGGGCUUCCCUUUUUAGAAGCCUGGGUAUUUUAAUGGGACCUCCCACCUCUAUAAACAAUUCUCUGCCAUCUCUCUCUUUCAACUCCUCCUCCAAGAUGUGACAGCUACGACUCCUGAGUCUCCAUUUCCUUCCAACCAGCAGCUCCAGGUUUCAAGUCUGGACUCCAGCUCUAACAGCAGCUACUCCCUGGGGGCCAGGCCUUUGGGAUUGGAGGGAAAGGGACCGUGUACCUUUAAGGGGCUGGUCCGGUGGGAGCGCGGUGUUUGUUGGAAGCAGCUUCCUCUGGGCCAUUCAAGAUCCCAAAUUCUUCUGCUGCAUCAGACCUGGAUAGCCUGUGGCCCCAAGCGUUUGAGCCUUCGAAGAGCUUGCUGGGGACGUUUUCCCAGGGCCCAGCCUUAUUCAAGAUACUCUGGCACUGCCACCAUCCUGGCCAGGAUGGGCCUGCUGUUCCUUGUCCUUCUCUCGCCACUUCCCUGGGUUUGGGGACUUCCAUUCUACAAUGGCUUCUACUAUUCCAAUGGUCUGCAUGGCAGAACCCUGGGCAAUGGCUAUGGGGAAGGCCUAUUCAAUGGCAUGAAGUUAGUGGUGGAGACCACCGAGGAGUCCCUGUUCAGUCACCAAGGAGCCAGCGUGACCCUGCCCUGUCACUACCACUAUGAGCCAGCCCUGGCAUCCCCGCGACGUGUGCGUGUGAAGUGGUGGAAGUUGUCAGAGAAUGGCGCCCCAGAGCAGGACGUGCUGGUGGCUAUCGGGCAGAGACACCGCUCCUUUGGGGACUACCAAGGGCGAGUUCAACUGAGGCAGGACAAACAGCAGGAAGUCUCACUGGAGCUUCGAGACCUUCGACUGGAGGACUCUGGGCGCUACCGCUGUGAGGUCAUUGAUGGCCUGGAAGACGAGAGUGGCCUGGUAGAGCUGGAGCUUCGGGGUGUGGUUUUCCCCUACCAGCCCCGCGAAGGUCGCUACCAGCUCAACUUCCACGAGGCCCAACAGGCCUGCCGGGAGCAGGGUGCUGUGGUAGCCACUUUUGAGCAGCUUUUCCGAGCAUGGGAGGAAGGCCUAGACUGGUGCAAUGCAGGCUGGCUACGGGAUGCCUCCGUGCAGUACCCUAUAGCGCUGCCCCGGCAGCCCUGUGGAGGCCUGGGUCUGGCGCCUGGAGUUCGCAGCUAUGGCCAGCGCCAUCCCCGCCUGCAUCGUUAUGACGUCUUCUGCUUUGCUGCUGCCCUUAAGGGGCAGGUGUACUACCUGGAGACCCCUGAGAAGCUGACUCUGCUGGAGGCCAGGCAGGCCUGUCAGCAGGAUGACGCACAGAUCUCCACGGUGGGCCAGCUCUUUGCUGCUUGGAAGUUCCGUGGCCUGGAUCGUUGUGAUGCUGGCUGGCUGGCAGACGGAAGUGCCCGCUACCCCAUCGUUCACCCCAGACCUAACUGUGGCCCCCCUGAGCCUGGAGUACGGACCUUUGGCUUCCCAGAUUCCCACACCCGCUAUGGCGCCUACUGUUACCGCCAGCACUAGCAUGGCGGCCAGCUGUGCAUCUGUCCUGCCGCUGACUUCCUGGGCUGAGUGUUUAUCAGGUGGACUGUUGUUCCUUCUGGGUUGGGGAAUUGCUUGGAUAGUUUUAUAC